GCUGCCGGCAGGUUCGGCUGCGCCGGCUGAGAGAGGCGGAUCGGGAUGAGUGGGUCUCCUGGUGGGAAUGUGGUCGCUGACGGCCAGUGAGAUUGAGAGUGCCACACCCCGCUUCUUUGUUGGAGCUGGGGAUGAGGGGCUGGGCACCCAGGGAGCAGGCAUGAGUGUGGAAGAGAGUGAGAGUGAGCUUCUUGAAGAUGAAGAAGAUGAAGUGCCCCUUGAACGGCAGAUUAUUGUUGGCAUUUGUGCCAUGACCAAGAAGUCCAAGUCCAAGCCAAUGACCCAGAUCCUAGAACGACUAUGCCGCUUUGACUACCUAACUGUGAUUAUUCUGGGUGAGGAUGUUAUCCUUAAUGAGCCUGUGGAGAACUGGCCAUCUUGCCACUGCCUCAUCUCUUUCCACUCCAAAGGCUUCCCCCUGGACAAAGCUGUUGCUUAUGCCAAGCUUCGAAAUCCCUUCCUCAUCAAUGAUCUGACAAUGCAGUAUUAUAUCCAGGACAGGCGGGAAGUAUACCGAAUCCUGCAAGAGGAGGGCAUUGAUCUGCCUCGAUAUGCUGUGCUUAAUCGUGACCCUGCCCGGCCAGACGAGUGCAACCUGAUAGAGGGUGAGGACCAGGUGGAGGUGAAUGGAGCUGUGUUUCCCAAACCAUUUGUGGAGAAGCCAGUGAGUGCUGAGGAUCACAACGUCUACAUCUACUAUCCCAGCACAGCUGGUGGGGGGAGCCAGCGCCUCUUUCGUAAGAUUGGCAGCCGAAGCAGUGUGUACUCCCCUGAGAGCAGUGUCCGAAAGACUGGAUCUUACAUUUAUGAGGAAUUCAUGCCCACAGAUGGCACUGAUGUCAAGGUGUAUACAGUGGGGCCAGAUUAUGCCCAUGCUGAAGCCCGAAAGUCUCCAGCAUUAGAUGGAAAGGUGGAAAGGGACAGUGAAGGGAAGGAGAUUCGAUACCCAGUCAUGCUGACUGCCAUGGAGAAGCUAGUGGCCAGGAAAGUCUGUGUUGCUUUCAAGCAAACGGUCUGUGGGUUUGACCUUCUCCGUGCCAAUGGUCACUCUUUUGUCUGCGAUGUCAAUGGCUUCAGCUUUGUCAAGAACUCAAUGAAAUACUAUGACGACUGUGCCAAGAUCUUGGGGAAUACCAUAAUGCGGGAGCUUGCCCCCCAGUUUCAGAUUCCAUGGUCCAUUCCCACAGAAGCUGAAGACAUUCCCAUUGUCCCUACCACAUCUGGCACCAUGAUGGAACUCCGUUGUGUCAUUGCCAUCAUCCGUCAUGGGGACCGUACUCCCAAACAGAAAAUGAAGAUGGAAGUUACACACCCCAGGUUUUUUGCACUGUUUGAGAAACAUGGUGGCUACAAAACUGGGAAACUGAAACUGAAAAGGCCAGAGCAGCUGCAGGAGGUGCUGGACAUCACUCGGCUGUUGUUGGGAGAACUGGAGAAGGACCCUGGUGGUGAGAUUGAAGAGAAAACAGGAAAGCUGGAGCAGCUAAAGACUGUGUUGGAGAUGUAUGGUCAUUUCUCAGGCAUCAAUAGAAAGGUACAGCUGACUUACUACCCCCAUGGAACCAGGGUCUCUAAUGAGGAGCAAGAUCAACAGCGGGAGACCCUGGCCCCAUCUCUGCUGCUGGUGUUAAAGUGGGGUGGGGAGCUGACUCCUGAUGGCCGGGUCCAGGCUGAGGAGCUGGGACGAGCUUUCCGCUGCAUGUACCCAGGGGGCCAGGGGGACUAUGCUGGCUUCCCUGGUUGUGGGCUUCUACGUCUCCAUAGCACUUACCGCCAUGACCUCAAGAUCUAUGCUUCAGAUGAGGGUCGUGUACAGAUGACGGCUGCAGCCUUUGCCAAGGGAUUACUGGCACUGGAGGGGGAGCUGACACCCAUCCUGGUGCAAAUGGUGAAGAGUGCCAACAUGAAUGGGCUUCUGGACAGUGAUGGUGACUCAUUGAGCAGCUGCCAACACCGUGUGAAGGCACGACUACAUCACAUUCUACAACAGGAUACACCCUUUGGCCCUGGAGACUAUGAGCAGUUGGCCCCUACUGGCAGUCUCUCCUUGCUCAACUCAAUGGCCAUAAUUCAGAAUCCUGUGGAGAUCUGUAACCAGGUAUUUGCCCUGAUUGAGAACCUCACUCACCAGAUCCGGCAACGGCUGCAGGACCCCAAGUUGACAGACCUACAGUUGUACCACAGUGAGACUCUGGAGUUGAUGCUGCAGCGCUGGAGCAAGCUGGAACGUGACUUUAGGCAAAAAAAUGGACGCUUUGAUAUCAGCAAAAUCCCUGACAUCUACGAUUGUGUCAAGUAUGAUGUGCAGCACAAUGGGAGCCUGGGGCUUCAGGGGACAGCAGAACUGCUACGACUCUCCAAGGCACUGGCCGAUGUGGUCAUUCCUCAGGAGUAUGGGAUCAGCCGGGAGGAGAAACUGGAGAUUGCUGUGGGCUUUUGUCUCCCAUUGCUGAGGAAGAUUCAGCUUGACCUACAGCGAACCCAUGAGGAUGAAUCUGUCAACAAGCUGCACCCCCUGUACUCCAGAGGAGUGCUCUCCCCAGGUCGCCAUGUCCGCACCCGUCUCUACUUCACCAGUGAGAGCCACGUCCAUUCCCUGCUCAGUGUCUUCCGCUAUGGAGGGCUUCUUGAUGAAUCUCAGGAUGCACAGUGGCAGAGGGCUCUGGCUUAUCUCAGCGCCAUCUCCGAGCUCAACUACAUGACUCAGAUUGUCAUCAUGUUAUAUGAAGACAACACCCAGGAUCCAUCGUCAGAGAAGCGAUUCCAUGUGGAGCUGCACUUCAGCCCUGGAGUGAAAGGUGUCGAAGAGGAUGGCAACGCUCCCACCGGCUGUGGCUUCCGCCCAGCUUCUUCCCAGACUGAGGAGCUGCAGACAGACAAAGGCAGUAUGGAAGACCUGUGCCGGAGGAAGGGUCGAGAUGAGCCAGAUCGGGUAUCACAGACAUCUCCCCAGCCACCUGAGAUCCCUGGUCUCCCAAGAAGAUCCCCACUCAUCCGCAAUCGUAAAGCUGGCUCUAUGGAGGUGCUGUCUGAGACUUCAUCCUCACGACCUGCUAGUUACCGUCUAUUCCAGUCUUCACGUCCCCCGACAGAAAUGAAACAAAGUGGCCUGGGCUCACAGUGCACAGGGCUGUUCAGCACCACAGUGCUGGGUGGUUCAUCCAGUGCCCCGAAUCUCCAGGACUACGCUCGCAGCCAUGGCAAAAAACUCCCACCUGCCAGCCUGAUGCAUCGAGAUGAGUUCUUGUCUGUCCCGGCUGUAAAGCGAUUUUCUGUGUCGUUUGCAAAGCAUCCGACUAACGGAUUUGAAGGUUGUUCCAUGGUGCCCACCAUCUACCCACUGGAGACUCUGCACAACGCUCUCUCCCUUCGCCAAGUGAAUGAAUUUCUGAGUUCAGUCUGCCAACGGCACACAGAUGCCCAAGUAUCUGCAGCUCUGUUUGAUUCCAUGCACAGCAACCAGGCUCCUGGGGGCCCAUUUGCUCCACCCCAGACCCUUCACUCACCCCCUUUGCAGCUCCGGCAGCGCUCUGAGAAGCCCCCAUGGUAUAGCAGUGGUCCCUCCAGCACUGUAUCUAGUGCUGGUCCCUCUUCCCCUACUUCAGUAGAUGGUGGCUCCCAUUUUGGCUUCAGUGACCGUCCAAACCUGAGUUCUCAAGUGAGUGAGGAACAUCAAAGUCAUGGGCAGCCUCAGGAGAUCCCUGAGGAUGGGGGCAAGGAGACCACAGAGAUGGGAAAAGGGCCCUCUAAAAUCAUCCAGCCAUCUCAGGAAAUGCCUGCAGAGAGUGGCCAGCUGUUACAGGAAGCCCUACCUGAAGGGGUAGACCAGGCAUCCCAAGUGGUUCUCAUGAAAGUUGAACAGGUGACUCAGGGAGCCUCUGAGGUCAAUCAGCUGUCUCCAGAGGGCCCUAUCGAAGUUGAUCAGCCCUCUCAAGAGAUUACUGUGAAUGUUGAUCCACUUUCAAAGGAAGCCCCUAAAGUUGGCUUCAUGUCCCAGAAGAUUCCUGAGGAGGUUGAGCAGCCAAGCCAGGUGGCUGGCGAGGAGGCUGACCAGCUAAGCCAGGAGGCUGGCGAGGAGGCUGACCAGCCAAGCCAGGCGGCUGGUGAGGAGGUUGACCAACCAAGCCAAGAGGCUAGUGAGGAGGUUGACCAGCCAAGCCAAGAAGCUGAUAAGGAGGUUGACCAGUACACUCAGCAGGCUGAUGAGGAGGUUGACCAGUCAACCCAAGAGGGUAGUAAGGAAGUUGAUCAGCUGCCACAGGAGGCUUCUGAAAAAACUGACUUACUGUCUCAAGACAGUCUUGGAGAGGUUGACCAGCUGACCCAGGAGGGUACUAAGGUCAAUCAGCUAUUUGGAAAGAAUGUUCUUCAAGACCAGCACCCGUCUAGUGACCCAGAUCCUUUAGACCAAUCCCUGACCUUCAACCAGCAGUCUCCCUUCCCACCAGCACCACAUGACUAAGCACUCUUCCAUUAGUGGUCACAUUGCACCAGUCAUUUGAACCAGCAGCAGUUUUGCUGGCCACCUCACCUACUAGUGACAGGCCUUGGCUCCAACCAGAGGGCUCUGAGGAAGCAACCUCUCUCCUCAUUAAGAGGUAUAUUAUUAGGGCAAGAGCUGGGCUGGGGUGGAGCCAACUCUGCUAAGGGUCCCUUGGUUCUGGUUGCCUAAUUAGUGUCCUCAGCUCCUUAGAAUAGGCCAGAGGGUUCCAGGUAACUGAGAGUUGAAUGAAAUGUCCUUUUGUUGCUAAAGACAAUUAAGGACCAGCAAGGAUAAGAGAAGGGAUCCAAGAUGAGGGCUCUGCAUUCUGGCUAAUGCCCUAGGAAAGGGUGAAAAACCUCCCAAGGUCCCUUGGGCCCCAUGGGCAUUCAAGAGGUCUACCCAGUGUUCUCUGGGCAGGUUUAGGAUGGCCAAUCAAAUUGGGAGAGGGAAAGAGGAUCCCAUUCCCCAAUUAACCAUCCUGGGUGGCCACUGAUACUGAAAUUGGGCUAUAGAUGUUCCCAUAUUAUCCCCAAGUGCCCCCCUCCUAUCCACCUGAACAACAGCUCUGGCAUAGGAUGGGUAUCAAACUGCUGUAAAGAUUUAAGAGUAACCACUUAAAGCUGCUUUAGGGGUAUCUUGCCUUCAGGGGACCCUUGGCCAACUGCUGAGGGGUAUCUUGGCUUAGUGUGGGGAGAGAGUCUAUAGUGGAGAGAAUCAGGUUUUAUUUUAAGCAAUUAGAAGAGAUCACUAUUGUAUAGACAGGAGCAAAGAUUUAAUAUAUAUAUAUGUGUGUGUAUGUGUGUGUGUGUCUAUAUAUAUAUGCAUAUAUAUAUGUAUAUAUAUAUGUAUAUGUAUAUAUAUGUAUUUCUGUAGUGAGGCCAGGGCUGGGCCCACUAGGGACCAAGCACUCCAGGGUCCCUGUGAGGUUUGUCCUUGCUUCUCCAUGUCCGUAGGGCCAGGUGUGAUUGUGAAGCUUUUCCCAAAGAUGGU